GCUUCAUACGGACUCAUCUACAGUUCUAAUUAUUUCGUCUUAAAAUACAGGAUACCACCCCUUCCUCGUGUGUGAACCCUUUUCUCAUGGCUUCUUUUCUAAGUCCUCAUGUGAUUUCCAAAGGUCACACCUCUACAUCCGCUGGCUUUGUUGUCCGUAUUUGCAGCCGUGGGAUCUUUUCCUCCUUAUUUUUCUCUUAUCCCAACUUCUCUCUAGCUUCUAAGAACACACCCAUCUCUCCACCACCUCUCAAAACAGCUACAACCAUCAGCCCAAAACACAGAAUUCUCAUAGCCAUCAGCAUCUCAGCUCUUAUCCUGACUUGGGUUCUUGUCAUGGCCUACUUCAAGUGCUUCAGAUUCAAGAUCAAGAGGAAAAUCAGGCAUGAAGAAGAUGAGGAAUGCAGCCCCCCAAAGACCCAUGUCGUCGAUCAGCCCGAUUCGGACCGCCGGCCUAGUUCUUGCGGGAAGAGUUCGGUGAAGAGAUUUGGGUGGGAUGAGAUCGAGAAGCUUAGCAUGAAUUUCAAUUCUGUGAUCGGCGAAGGCGGGUUUAGCACCGUUUAUCUUGCUUGGUUCCCGGAUUCAAACCUCGGAGCGCUCAAGAUCCAUUGGAAUAGCGAGCGCCUCAGCAGGGUCUUUAAGCAGGAACUUGAAGUCUUGAUGCGCGUCAGCCAUGAAAACAUUGUCAAGCUUCUUGGCUAUUGCGAUGAGAGAGAAGAAGGGGUCCUGGUGUUCGACUAUGUUCCCAAUGGAAGCUUGCAAGAUAAGCUCCACGGCCAAGGUGAGGAGGCCCACAACCUUCCUUGGGGCCGACGCAUGUCGAUCGCCUUCCAACUCGCCCAAGCGAUCGAGUAUCUCCAUGACAGCUGCGAUCUCCAAAUCAUCCACAGCGACAUCAAAGCCUCCAAUGUCCUACUCGAUGAGCACUUCGAUUGCAAGCUCUGCGAUUUCGGGUUCGCUAAAAUGGGAUUUUCAUCGACUAUCCUACCAUCAUCGGCGACUCCAAUGAUGGGUUCUCCUGGUUACACUGAUCCGCAUUACCUGCGGACAGGAAUCAUAUCUAAGAAGAAUGACGUUUAUAGCUUCGGAGUUCUUGUUCUUGAGCUGAUUACAGGUAUUGAAGCGUUUUGUGUCGAAAAAGAGCAGCUUUUAACGUCUAUUGCUAGACCGAUGCUGCGAGAUCCAACUAAGGCAAUCGAAAUGGUGGAUUCGAGAUUGGUAGGAGAAUUCGAUGCAGAGGAGGUGAAGACAAUGGCUUCGAUUUCAGCUUUCUGCCUUCAUGAACAGCCCAGCUUAAGGCCGUCCAUGGCUGAGAUCUUGCGGACGAUGAGAGAGAAGAUCUUAUCUAUCUCCUUUGGCGCCGGAAAAUCAAAAUCGAAGGAAAUUAGCAAGGAAGACUUGUAAAUUUUCACAGUAAAAGAAAAAAAAAAAAAAAAAACAGAACAAACAGUUGUGCCUACUGGCUGUGAGAUAAAAAAAGACGUUAUUAAUUUGAAUUUGAAGACGGUAUUGUCCCUCCACUGUCGAAUUCCCUCUGGGUAAUUCCGUCAUUGGCAAAAUGAAGGGUAUUUUCAUAAUUUAGACAGAAUUCAGGGUCUUUUGUAUUUAUCGAUUUACUAUGUAUGAUUGGCCCUUUGGAGAGUGAUAAGGAGAGAAAAGGAAAGUUGGGUUCAUGAAAUGAAGUGGGUCCCACUGCAAUGAAGAAUUUAAUGGGGGAGGUUGAAAA